CGUAAACUCUCGGAAUAUUGUUGAAAUAAUAGUUUCCAAAAUAGAUUUAUAAUUUCGCUCAAAACACAUUUCGUUUUGGAUUGUUUUGUAAAUUUGUCGUAUUUACUGCAUUAUCUGACGUCCAACUUCAUCUUUAAAGAAUCUGAUUUUUUAUUCCUGUAUUUAACGACGAAAGAGACUCUACAAUGUCGGAGAAUGGAGGAUAUUUAAGGGUACGUCAUAGAUUUUGUGCUUUCGGUCUUUUGUGAAGACUGGCAAAUUGAGAAAAUGGAUCUAAUAAUUCAAACGUUUUAAAGAAUAUAGCCGAUAAUAAUGGACUAGUAAAUGUAGAUAGAUGGGUAAAGAUUUAAUUUUUUUUUUGGAGACGUUAUUUUUCUUUCAGGUUUAGAAACGAAAGGUAAAAGCAGAUCGAUUGUGACAAAAUAUUGAGAUAUAUAGGCAUAAAGUGUGUAUUAAAGCUUUUAGCUUUAUAUUAACCUUUAUUUAUAGUUUGGGAUGUUUACUGUUGUGCUUCAAUGAUCAUGUAUUAAAUAAUUUCAACUCUUUGUGCCCUUUUUUGUUGCUCACAUUGCUAUAAAUGGUUUAUGCCACUUACAUUUAUGCGAUGUAACUAUCGGUUAAGGGAAUAUAUAGGCUUGCCAGAUUGCAGAUAAAUAUAUUUGUGAGUUAAAAUUGUGUUCACUGUUCAAGAUGUAAAGAUUUUGCAUUUUAAAUCUUAAAAUAGUUUUAGAAGGAUAUUCGUAUGAUCCAUGUUUAAACCACAAUGAGCCCAAUUUACAAGGAUGGAUCAUCAGUUGAUACACAUGAAGUCAUGAAUAGACCUGGUUGGUCCUGACACAAAACACAGUGCAAGUAAAGAAGUAUCAAUUUUUCCUGACAGUUCAUCUUAUGAUGCAUUUACAGACCUGUCAAUCUUAAAAAUUAAAAACAGAGAUUUUGCUUUCUAGCACUUAAUAUAUGUGAGAUUUUAUCAAGAAUUAUCAAAGUAAUAUGCAGUUUUCAAAACAGUCAUUAUUGUAUUCUCUUCAACAACUUGUAAAUACUAACAUAGCAGGAAUGCAACUAGUUUUCGAGAUCCCAUGUGUCAUCUCAUAUCCUUACCAUAAUCUAUGUAUUUAUUAUGUUUUGUGCGAAAGUGGAUAAAAGGCCAAACACUUGUAGUUAAUGGUCUGGAGUACAUUUCAGCUUGGACACAAGUGAUUUUCACAAGAUUGCUGUUUCUUGCCAGAUAUUUGAAUCUGAAAAAUAUUCCUGACCAAUACUUCCUGACAAUUAAAACAACCAACUGGGAGAAAAUGCAUAAUAAAUAAUGCCUGCUUGGUUUGUCUGAAAUGUUGACUAAAGCCUUGAGGUUUUACAGUAUCAUAUCUUUAAAUAUUAAAGUAUAAUAUCUGUCAUUGAUAUUUUCUUCAACGAAGUGGCUAUUCGUACUGGAAUGUGGCACCUGAUUCUUACAUUAAAGUAGCAAUAUAAAAUAGUUUUUUGCAACAGAUUUUAGCGAGUUUGACGCUAGCGUAUUCGGCAAAGGCGUUGCGUGCGUGCGAAGUGAAACGAGGUCGGGUCCGUGUUUAGUUUUAGCCGUCGGUUUUCUGUUGGCUUAGAAAUUUUUCUUAAAAUAUUUUUAAUUUUUCCCCCAGACUUUUUUAACUCUCAAAAUGUUUAUUAGACCUUUAUUGGUUAGGGUUAGAGAAGGGGUUGGGGUCAGGUUUAUCUUAAAUAUUACGACUGCAGUACGAAUAGCAAAUCAAACUCAGCGUACUGUUCCAGUACGAAUAGCCAUGGCGUUUCUUCAAAUAAUUAAAAGUUUGAAAGCCAUCCAACCAUGCUGAAGAUAUCUAACAACCAUAUUUAAUCCAAACUAACUUCAUUAUUUCCCCUUAAAUUAAAGACACAGUUCAGCCUUUUGAAUGAUGGUUUUUAAGGCACAUUUACAACCCUGAAAUUAAUUGAAAAAACUAUCAACUAGGAAAAUCAAUUUUAGCAUAAUUCAGAAUCAGUGAAAUCAAUGUUUUUAACAUUGGGAAUGUUAAAAAAUGUUAAAAACAUUGAGAUCAUUGAUCUUGAAUUAUGCUUAAUGAGCCUGAAGUGAGCGUGUGAAGCAGCAGUCUAAUUUGUACAGAGAGGCGUCUGUUCAGUAAAUUUUUCUAGAGUGUUGCAUUGUGGUCAUGCUCAGUUGUUGUGCGCAGUACACAUCCACCCGACUCCAUGUGCUUUGACUCACUACACUUUAGUAUGUUAUAUAAUUUACCUCUACGUCUUAAGAAUGCUUUGUCAUUUGUAUUCAUACACGUACUAAAGCAGCGAGUAAUUGAACAUAUUCCACUUGUUCUUGAAAAUAUAUAUUCUUUCUUCGGUGAAUAUUACUUCCAUAAACGUUAAGAGGCAACUUAUUUCAAUGUCACAUAUUUGCAAUGAAAAGUAUUCAAAACCUAAAAUCUUUUUGGUGUUCCUCUCAAAAUUACUUUGUUUUAGCUUUAUUCUCUAGUUUAUAGAGUUAGCUACCUUUUUAAAUGCAUCUGCCGGUUGAGAAACAUAAAAUAAUAGUUAAAAAUUGUCAAUUAAAAUACAAUUAUCAAUGAUGCUUUAAAAUUGACGCCAUAUUUACAGCCAUUAUAAGCAAAACUUACUGAACUUCAGACAUCAUUUUCUCUUUGCCCUACCAUCUAAGAUCUCUUCAUUUUAGCAUUAUUUUACUGUACAGAUAAAGCACUAAACAUACUUUUCAAGUUUGUCUGCCCAUUGAGAAACGUAUCGAAAAAUAAAAAUUUUGAAUUUGGUUAUAACCUCAAGUGGUAUAUUAUACGCAUUAGUUUUGAGCAUGUGUUACGUAACAUACAAAAAAAUCUCCUCUUAAUAUUAACAUGCAAAUAUUCAAUGAGACGCACUUUAAUAUAUCUGUCACCUGUGAUUGCCCAUUGGCAACAAAUGCAUUGCUUUUUCUCAGUUACACUCAUGGCAUGAAUCGAUUCUGUAUCCUUAAGGCUUAAGCUUCGGCCACAAUGCUCACCAGUCGCUGGCUCGCUGCGAGUAAUAACUGUGCUUUAUAUAAUUUGUACUAUUUAGUUCUGUUUGCUCUUAAUGCCCGCAGCAAUCCCUACCUUGCAGGUACCCUAGUUAAAAGGGUUGUAAUGCACCUUAAAACCCAUCAUCCAAAGGCUGCACUGUGCCUUUAACGUGCUGUUUUAAUGUUUUUUGGAAACCUAUUUUUUAUGAAUGUCUACAUCAGCAUAGAAUUACCCUAAUGCCUAAUGGAUACAAGAAUUCUGAAAAAUACAAUUGAUUUAGUUGACAGAAUCGGAAAAUGCAACAGAAUCAGAACGUGAACCAAUGUUGAAUGACACAGCUCCACCUGCUUCUACACCGUCAUCACCUCCACCAUCAUACUCACCAAGUACAACCCAUGAUGAAUCACCUGCAGGUAAUUCCUUUCUUACUCUGGUGGCACUGCAAUUUGCCAAACAUUGAAAAAUGCAUUUCAACAUUGAAAAAAACAUACAACUUAAGGCGCUGUUACACUAAGCAACUUGUCUCGGAACUUGUCUCGCAAUGUUAAGAAAAACAAUUUCAGGAUUGCAUUGCAAGGGAUGUUACACCAAGCAAUAUGUUCCACAAAACUUGCAAUGAUCAUUAUUAAAAAUAGCAUAAAAACCGCGAGUGCUAACGUUUGGCACCGUAUUGUCAGUCAAAAGUCAAUAGGAAGCCAUUCAGUGUAUAAACAUUGCGAGACUUAAGUUGCAAGAGGGAUGUUACACAGUGCAAUGCUUUAAAAAUGUGCUGCAGCGUUGCCGCAAUCGUUGCAAAAAGUAGAACCUGAUUCUACUUCGUGCAAUGGUUGUUGCAACAAAAAUAUUGCGAGACUUGUUGAUUGCGAGGCAUGAUACACCUUGCAAUUUCGUGUGCAACUUGUGUCGCAACAAAAUUGCGAGGCAAGUUGAGAGACAAAUUGCAUAGUGUAACAGCGCCUUAAUUAGUCCCUUUUUUAAUAAUCUAGUAUCUGGUUUGCAGAUAGUUUAGAAAAAGUAAUGGAUGUGGCAGUCACCUCUUGCUGCUCCUAGUGUCCUCUGGCCACUGCUGUUUCAGUGGCAGAAUUCACCAAUAACUAUAUAUAAUUAGUGACUCUACAGUAGAUACCACAGUCUUUGGCACUAUGGGACAUGUGCUGUUAAUUUACACAAUUUGAAAGGCCAGUUCAAUGUUGGGUGGACAAAAAUCUGAUGUCUGAUUGCAGGAUGCCAACAUUGAAAUGGAGGGGGUGCAUGGGAUAGUGGAAAAUGUAUCAAUGAAGAUAUGGUAUAACAUCUGAAUGCAUGUGAAAAGUAGAUUGUCCCAUUGUAUAUACUCAAAGAUUGUAGCUCUUGUAAGUUAUGAGGAAGGUCACAUGGAAAAAUAUCUUAAGUUUUCCCUAUAUCACUUUAUGGAAUUUUUUUGUAGUUUGGCAUGCAUUGGGGCUGUUGGGAAGAGUUGACUUCGAUUUCUGGCCAUUCAUUAUAUUGAGUGGGAUAUAAAGAACUCUCAAUUAAGCUAUCAAUCAGUUACAAGCUUUCAUUGGUAGGGAUGCAACAGUUAUAUUGUUCAGGUAGUUGCAUCCCUACCAACAAAAGCUUGUUAUUAUUGGCACUACUUACACUGAAACAGACAGUUCAAGAUUAUAUCAAUCAAUUAAGCUACUGCCUCAAUGGGGAUUGGAAGAUUAUUUGAAAGAAAUUUUUAUACAAUCAAAGUGCACAACAUAUUUUUCGUGAUGACCUAAUUAUCCUUCUCUCAUACUGUAUAUAAGCUUUUUUUUCCAUAAAAUUGAAGUACAGUAUUUAUUAUUUAGCGCAUAUUCUUAUUAUUUGAUUGAAUAUUGAGUGUAAAAAAUCCCUAAUGUUCUGAAUGUAUUUGUCUUAUUCAUACAUGUAUUGCUGAAUAUUCAAUAGAUUCUCGAGUUUUACAAUUAAUGUUAGAGAGUUUCUUUGUUAAAGUAAUCAAUAUAACUGAUACAGUCGGUACAGUACGUAAUGAUCGGCAAUGCAACAUGUUUCAAUUAAAAAUUCCCACAAUUGGCAAUAUAUUUUUAGAAAAAAAUGUGAAUCAUUGUUAUAGGUGAGAGCAGUGUUAAUGAAAUGCCUCCUGCGUAUGACGUAGCUGCGAAACUACCAACCUAUGAAGAAGCUGAAAUGACCAAACACUCCGAUUCAAGAGUAAGUCAGAUGUUUAGUACAUUUUAUACAUCCAUUCAUACAAACAAAAUUAAGUCGCAGCCCUUAGUCCCAUUUACACGUUACCGGAUUACUUCCCAUAUCAGAUUCUCCAAUCCAAUACAAUACAAGAUUUGGUUUUUGUUACACAAUACCAGAAUUAAUGUUCACUUGAUAUAUAUGCAAGUGGAUUAAGAACCUUGCAUAACCAAAGAGAUGAUUUUUGUGCUACUUUUAAUUUAAUUAAGAACAAGUAUGGGUUGACUUUAUUUUUUGUAAUUCGCUGCAGCUACUUUGAAACUUAUGUGACUCACGUAAUUUUCCAAUGAAUAAAUUUAAGAAAACAUUACAUAAAGUAUUAGUUUCUAUAUUUACAAAUGAGGAGGAUUAUGUUGAUAUCGCUACGUUUAUAACAAAAAGAUUGAAAAAUAUAACAAUUAAGGAUAAAUUCAGCUAAAUUCUUCUAAGGAUAAAAUAUUAUCAUUGCAUAUAUAUUUUGAAACUUAUAUGUCAUUUUGAUCUCUAUAACUCGUAGUAUAGUCUUCCAGUUGUCUGCCUCGAAUAGCUUUCGCUACCUGCAGACAACUGUUAAAUUUUUGUAAAUUUUUUGUUCUUUUGAUUAAAUUACUGUUACUGUUAAUUACAGCUGUUACUGUUAAAGUGUAGUCAUGCACCUACAACUAUACUGCUACUUAACUUGACAAGAAAUGUAGUUCGCUACUGACUAUAGCUAUUGUUUAAAGUGCAUGCCUAUGACACGAAAUUUCACCCCAAAUGUUUAUGAUUGCAUUGUAAAGAUCACUUAAAACGACUUAAUAAUAUCUUUAUAGAAUUUUGGUAACUUGCUUCCUUUUCAAGAUAUUCGACUUUGUUUCAUAUGCAAAUACUGUAUCACCGGUGUGACAUCACAUCACAAUGAGUUUUCAGAAAAGUAUAGUUUUCUUGACGAAUACGUAUCUAAAAAACUUAAAAAUUGCCCUUGUAUAUGUAUUAAAUUUCAUAACUGGUAAUUAACCCUCUGUGUUUGUUAAAAUAUUUUAUCAAGGUAAAAUAUUGCGUUUUCAAAAUGUCAUUAUGCGAUGUGAUGUCACACCGGUGAUAUUUGCAUAUGAAACAAAGUUGAAUAUCUUGCAAAGGAAGCAAGUUACCAAAAUUCUAUAAAAGAAAUUAUUAAGUCAUUUUAAGUGAUCUUUACAAUGCAAUCAUAAACAUUUGGGGUGAAAUUUCGUGUCAUAGGCACUUUAAGCAAUGUAGCAAACUAUUCGCUACAACAAAAUACCUUAUUCAUAAUUUCGUACUUAAUUUUGCGCGACUUUAAUUAAAUAAAAAUCCUCGCAAAAUUUACACAUGCGAAAUUAUAUAUGUGUACACUAGUUAAAAAUUUCGAUCAUAAAAUUCUUGAUAACAACAUGUACAGCUUACAGUAUAUAUCGACAUAAAUAACAAAUUAUUUAAUAAUAGACAGUAGUAUAUUAAGCUAUAUAACGAGAUUUCGUUGGUAGGUGCAACUACAUGUACCUGAAAAAUAUAUAAGGAGAAUUUUGACGUUUCGAGCCCUUCGUCUCAGUGGAGUUCUGUACUGUAAUUCAGUAACUCCUUCGUUCGAAAGUCGAAACGUCGAAAUUCUCCUUAUAUUUUCAGGUAGUUGCAUCUCUACCAACGAAAGUUUUGUUAAUAUUAUUCAUUGGCACAGACAGUUUCGUAUUAAGUUCGUAUUUUGUCUUGUUACCGGCAAUAAAGAUGAGUAAAAAGAUUGUGGACUACCGUAUACAGACAUGUACAGUAUCUACUGCAUGUAUAUUCCUUAUGUUGACUUGUUUUGAAAGUUGUUAGUAGUUCAUCAUAUAGAAAAUCAAAUGUUGUUCAGAAAGUUUUCGCGAAAUUUAAUGCUCUUUUUCAGUUUUUCUAUUUUCGCCUGCCAAAAUCGCGAAAUUAAGUUCGCGCGAAUUAAAGUAAGUACGAAUAAGGUGUUGUAUCUUGCUUUCCAGUUUCCACGUUUGUAAUUUACACUCACUGAUGUCAUGUGUUCUUCUAAUUUGUAAUUUGAAUGGCAAGAAAGAUAAGAAAUAGACCUACCGGCGGCAAAAACCGUAUAUAUUUUCUACAUGCAGUUAGUAUAUAUAACUAAACUAUAACCAGCAUUCUCUACUCGUUACCAUUGCUUAUUGAGUACUUUAUGUAAAAUUUUGACACAAACUUGAGCAAAAGAAAGGUGGUGGUAGUAUAUCAACCACUGUCACGGACACAAAAGCGGUGAGCAUCUGGAUCGUUUGUCAAGACGAAGUAUCUGUGAAGUUCAACUUUCUACACAGACGUGCAUGCACACGCGACCUGUCUUGAAGGAUGGUCCGUUUUUGUAUUAACCUCACUGACAAUUAAGUUAUCGGAGAAACUCAGCUAGCUAAUCGCUGACUAACUUAUCGCACUGAGUUACUGCAGUGUUACUGUCGUUCCAAUUGAAGUGUUCCUCAAAUAUUGAUUCAAUACAUUACCUCGGGCUGACCAAUUCAUUUGAUAGAAAAUUGAUCAACUUCCUGUUACUUUUAAAUGAGCCAAUUAGAUUUCGUUUCAGAACCGAUUGACCAAUAGGAAACGCACAGGAAGUAAAAAAAAUUUGAAUUCGUAUGAAUUGGUCAGCCCGAGGUAAUGUAUUGAAUCAAUAUUUGAGGAACACACUUCAAUUGGAACGACAGUAAAACAAUAUUGCAAUACUGGGCACUGGCAAUGUAGGAAAACCUUGGUGGUGCAUGGACUAAGGGGACAAAAAUAUUGCAUCCUCUGCUAGUGAGAUUUGUUGAUUUUAAUAUUACUUGUAUCGUGUAACCAAAUUGAAUAUCUGAAUCGAUAUGCAUGAUUGCAUGGAUAGUAAUCCGCUAGGAGAGUAAUUCGGUAUCAUGUAACUGGUAAAGGCGGAUCUCCACUAGACGAUUUUUGAGACGAUGUUUAUGACGAUCGUCAUAAAAAUUCCUGACGAUUUAGAGACAAGUGGAGAUGUACUAGCAGCAAGAAAAACAGCGCGGAAUCUUAUUGGUUGAAAAUAUGACGAUCGUCAAGCGCUCGAUGAAAAGUAGAACUAGUUUCUACUUUUCGUCGAGCGCUUGACGCUUCUUGACGAUCUCUUUUACGAUCAUUUAUUUCCUACUGCGCAUGUUCGUGGCGAAUUUUUCAGACGAUCGUCAUAAAAAUCGUCUAGUGGAGAUCCGCCUUAAGGUUGAAAAAGUCACAAAGGACUUGUGCGUUAAUUUUAUACUGCAGCGAAUGUUGCUUAUUUAAGACUGGCUUUCAACUCUUUCUUAUUUUGGUCUCAGCUUACAAACAAGUGACCUUUUAUAUGUCAUUCAUAAUUUAUUUAUACAGGCUGGGAUUUUAGGCUUCUCUCCUUGUAGUGACUUUAGUUUAAUACACACCAGUUGUUUGUAUAUUACAUGGAUUAGCAUGAUUGCUAAUAGACAAUUCCCAUUAUAGACUAAUUUAAAAACGUUGUAAAACGCGGAAAUUAUAGCCUUGCAAAGUUCGCAAAUUUUGUAUACUUUUGUAUUGCGUGCGGAAAUUGCUACCACAUUUGGGCCGAAAAUGGUAGGAGUUUUCGCACGCAAUACAAAAGUAUACAAAAUUUAGUAUGCUCUUUCUAGCUGUGGUGAUUUAUUUGCAUCUCCUUGCUUAAUUUAAAAUUAUAGUCUAUAAUGGGAAUUGUCUGUUGCUAUAAUGUAGAUUUCCAUUUUUUCAUGAUUAUAGUUUGAACCAAGUGGACUAAGAGAUCGGGACGAGUGUAGUAAGUCCAUCCGUUUAUUUUUAUUUUAUUACACUAAAGUUAUACAGUGUGUAUUAAAAGAAAGUAGAACGCAGCUUCAAAGGGAUGUUUUUCUUAAUUAACUUAUCUGCAUGGCUUAAAAAUACAGUAUAUUCGUAUACAGGGUGUAUAAAAAAAGUACACAGUUGGAAAACGUUCACUAAAGUCAGAUGCACGCGACAUUUGCGAAAUUGCGACGUUCAGUAAGCCUAUGUACUUUAACGUUCUCUGGUACAUCUAUAGCACUAAAAUUAUUUAAAAUGCUAGCGUUUUUAGAGUAGGAAAGUUGUUAUUAAAAGUCCCCCCAAAAAAGGCUUGCGCAAAAACAUUUUUCAUCAGAAACAAAUUUAAUCACACGGAGUCAAAAUAUGGACUGUCUUGCACAAGCUGUCAAAGUUUCAAGACAUUUGGUGCACGUGUAGGCCAACGCGAGAUCUUCAAAACCUGGAUUUUCUCCCAUUUUGUUAGCCUGCGCGCAAACUAUAAGUCUGCGAAUCCGUGGCAUGAAGCUUGUAUGGUCACGUGAAUUUCCCGAGAAAAGUUGGGACGAAUUGUGAUUGGUUGAACUAUAAUUAUGCAAAAUUAAUGUUAAUUCAUCGGACAUUGCGUUCGCAAAACGCAUUGGGCUGUUCAAAAUUGACCGUUUCCAGGGUCACAUGACAAUGUUUAUAAGGGGCGAGAUUACAGUUGUAUUUAUAGAAGUGUGGCGGAACAAGAAAGGCCGUUAUUUUCAAAACGAAAAGCCCAUUUCGCCAAACAGAAGAUGUAAGACUAAGAUUUAACAGCUAUUCGAGAUUUUCGAGAUUUUACAGCUAUUCGAGAUUUUACAGCUAUUCGAGAUUUUCGAGAUUUUACAGCUAUUCGAGAUUUUACAGCUAUUCGAGAUUUUACAACCAUUCGAGACUUCAAACUUAUUUGCUAUAUCAACAAAACUCUUGCCUCCCUUAAAUUUGAUUUCGUCUAUAAUAUUACAUCUUCUGUUUGGCGAAAUGGGCUUUCCGUUUUGAAAACAACGGCCUUUCUUGUUCCGCCACACUUCUAUAAUCUCGCCUAUGGGCGGCCGUUACCACCAAAAAUACUACACGUGUGAAAUGAAUGGACAUAAACAGAAAUCAUUCAUUACAAACACGAACGAGUCAUCAUGUUUAGAAAUGCUUGAACCUAACGUAGAGAUAUGACUGGACAAGUCCAGAAAUGAUUUGUUUAAAAUUGAAACGAUUCACUUGAUUGUGUAUUCAUUCGUCUAUUAUUGCGCUGAUUCAUAUAGUUCAAGUGAAAUGGCUUGGCAUAUUUUGCAAUGACUUAGCAGGUCGUAUACAAGUGACACGUUCGGUUGGCAAAUAAUUCAUGCUUUAUUAGAACAAUCCGCUGUGUUUUAAAAUUGCUCAACUAAAUACGAAGUGAUUCAACUAAAUGGGACAUGAUUCAACCUUAUGUGAAAUAAAUAAACUAAAUGUGAAACGACUCAAUGCAAUGUGAAAUCACUCAGUUAAAUGCGACAUCGUUCAACUAGAUGUGACACGAUUCAAUACCAUGUGAAAUCACUCAACUAAAUGUGAAAUCAUUCAACUAAAUGUGAAAUGAUUCAACAAGAUGUGAAGUGAUUCAACAAGAUGUGAAAUGAUUCAACUAAAUGUGAAAUGAUUCAACUAAAUGUGAAAUGAUUCACGUCCACGUGAACUGACACGACAUGUUUGAACUGACGUAAUUUGUGCGGUCUUGGCACGUCUUGUUGUGAAGUGAUUCAUCAAGUUGUGAAGUGAAUCAACAAGAUGCUUCCGUCUUAUUGAUUAAACUUCAUUCGACGAAAAUUUACCGAAAUCACAAUGAAAUUUGUGGGAAUAAAAUUUACAUAUGGAAAUUCACCGCCCGAAAUGAAAAUUAACUAUCGAUCAAAGUCCUUUCCUCGACUCGCAAUUCAACGUUCGCAAAUAGCAAUUUUAUAUCGCGACAUUUCCCAAGCUUUUGUGUGCGUUUUGACGGAAAAAAUAUUUCUCCUCGAAGAUCUCACUAUAAAGACUAUGUGUUUAAAGAUUUAUAAUCUGUUUUUAACCUAUAUUCCCUUGAUAUUUUCUGUGUUGUUGUAAUGUACUCGGGUGAAUAUGAUGCUUGUGAUGCUACUCUGAGACCCCGUUCACACGAUACCGGCAGAGUAUGCCGUGUAAACGCCUAACCGUAAGAAUUUCAUUACGGUUAUGCAAAAUGAAAUUAACAAAACUGCAAAAGUUGUUGUUGGAUAUUUUAUUCUUUUUAUUUUAACUGAUUUUUGGCCUCCCCGGGCCAAAUUUCGUAGGAAUAUGGCCCUCCCUUCGGAAAUUUGCCCCCCUCUAAAAAAUUAUAGUUUCAGCUUUAUCUUUUGGCUCGGAAAUCGCAAAGCUUCUACAAAAACCAAAUUUCUAGAAAUUUUUCCCAACAUUUAUAGUUAGUUUGCGUAUAUUUUUUGUGUCAAAACAAAAUUCUCACUGAAUUGCAAUACUGACGAGAAUUAGGCCAAGAGAAUUGCUUACAACACUGACGGAUUUUAUGUAGCUGCUGCAUGUAACCUUUGUAUUUUUUGCGUGUUUGCGGAAUGUUUUUGUGAGUCAUCCAAAGUUUGCGGAAUGUUUUGUUAGUCAUUCAAACCUUUGUGAUUUUCUGUGUGCGAAUGUUUUUGUGAGCCAUGUAGAGUGCAGUCUAUUUCCGUUUUUACGGAAUGCUUCUGUAAUGCGUCGCAACCAUAUGAGCGAUUAUAUAUAUUGUGUAUAUGUAAGUAAAAUGCAUAGAUUAAAAAAGUUUUUUUACGAAAUAACCAAACGUAUAAAAAUCGUUUCGUAUCCUUAGUUAAAGCUAAGCCAUUAACGUUGCCCUCAACAGAUACCCAUGUGUGAUGUGUCUGGCAUGACGGCACUAGCACAUUAUUAUAUUUACGCUUUCCUUCAAACUUUUAGUUCUUGGCCGCAAUGAAGGAUUUCGACACAAAUAAAUUAUGCAAACUAACUAUAAACACUGACAAACACUUUUAGGAUCUUGGUUUUAGAAGAAGCUUCACGAUUUCCGAGCUUAUAGCGAUAAAAUAAACUAUGUUUUCGAGGGGGCCAAAUUUCCGAAAAGGGGGCAUAUUUCCUAGGAAAUUUGUCCGGGGGGGGCAAAGUUGGGGGGGGGGAUUUCCUGGGACACCGGUAUCGUGUGAACAGUUGAAACCGUGAUGAUUUUCUGCCGGCAGAAUUCCAUGCCGGUAUCGUGUGAACGGGGUCUGAGUGUAUAUCCACAACGGGCAAGCUUGAAAAAUAUGCCUAACCACGGUGGGAAUCAAACCUAAUUGAACCGCGUAGCUCGGCAGUUGGCAGCGCACUGGGCUAGUAUUCCAAAGGUCGUAGGUUCGAUUCCCACCGUGGUCAGGCAUAUUUUUCAAGCUUGCCCGGUGUGGAUAUACAUUCAGAGUAGCAUCACAAGCAUCAUAUUCACCUGAGUACAUUAACAACAACACAGAAAAAAUCGAGGGAAUAUAGGUUAAAACAGAUUAUAAAUCUUUAAACACAUAUCUUUAUAGUGAGAUCUUCGAGGAGAAAUAUUUUUCCGUCAAAACGCACAUAAAAGGUUGGGAAAUGUCGCGAUAUAAAAUUGCUAUUUGCGAACGAUGAAUUGCGAGUCGAGGAAAGGACUUUGAUCGACAGUUAAUUUUCAUUUCGGGCAGUGUUCACAACUUGAUGAAUCACUUUACAACAAGACGUGCCAAGACCGCACAAAUUACGUCAGUUCAAAACAUGACGUGUCAGUUCACGUGGACGCGAAUCAUUUCACAUUUAGUUGAAUCAUUUCACAUUUAGUUGAAUCAUUUCACAUCUUGUUGAAUCAUUUCACAUCUUGUUGAAUCAUUUCACAUCUUGUUGAAUCAUUUCACAUUUAGUUGAAUGAUUUCACAUUUAGUUGAGUGAUUUCACAUAGUAUUGAAUCGUGUCACAUCUAGUUGAACGAUGUCGCAUUUAACUGAGUGAUUUCACAUUGCAUUGAGUCGUUUCACAUUUAGUUUAUUUAUUCCACAUAAGGUUGAAUCACGUCCCAUCUAGUUGAAUCAUUUCGUAUUUAGUUGAGCAAUUUUAAAACACAGCGGAUGGUUCUAAAAAAGCAUGAAUUAUUUGCCAACCGAACGUGUCACUUGUAUACGACCUGCUAAGUCAUUGCAAAAUACGCCAAGCCAUUUCACUUGAACUAUAUGAAUCAGCGCAAUAAUAGACGAAUGAAUACACAAUCAAGUGAAUCGUUUCAAUUUUAAACAAAUCAUUUCUGGACUUGUCCAGUCAUAUCUCUACGUUAGGUUCAAGCAUUUCUAAACAUGAUGACUCGUUCGUGUUUGUAAUGAAUGAUUUCUGUUUAUGUCCAUUCAUUUCACACGUGUAGUAUUUUUGGUGGUAACGGCCGCCCAUACUCGCCACACUUCUAUAAUCUUCUGUAAUCUCGCCCCUUAUAAACAUUGUCAUUUGACCCUGGAAACGGUCAAUUUUGAACAGCCCAACGCGCGUUGCGAACGCAAUGUCCAAUGAAUUAACAUUAAUUUUGCAUAAUUAUAGUUCAACCAAUCACAAUUCGUCCCAACUUUUCUCGGGAAAUUCACGUGACCAUACAAGCUUCAUGCCACGGAUUCGCAGACUAUAUAUGUCAUUAUAUACUGUAGUCUGCGCGCAGGCUACCAUUUUGUUAGUUCAAACGCGAUUUCUUUGCAUAAUUUCAAAUUAAUUUUAUAUGCAUGCUCGGACGUUUGCAUUAAUUACAGUACGAAAUUCGCAAGCCAAUUCCCAAAGGUCCUAAAAGAGUUUACAAAAUUAUUGACAUGCGGUGCUUAUUUACAAACAAAAUCAAUCUUCAACAGUUCAACGUGCCUUCCUAUGUUGAAGAUUGAUUUUGUUUGUAAAUAAACACUGCAUGUAAAUAAUUUUGUAAAAUGACCUUUGGGAAUUGGCUUGCGAAUUUCGUACUGUAAUUUAUGCAAACGUCCGAGCACGCAUAAAAUUAAUUGGAAAUCAUGCAAGGAAAUCGCGUUUGAACUAACAAAAUGGGAGAAAAUCCAGGUUUUGAAGAUCUCGUGUUGGCUGGCUACGCCUCCACCAAAUUUCUUGAAACUUUGAUAGCUUGUGGAAGACAGUCCAUAUUUUGACACUGUGUGAUUAAAUUUUGUUUCCGAUGGAAAAAAUUUUUGCGCAAGGCCUUUUUUUGUUUUUUUUAGUAACAGCUUUCCCACUCUAAAAACGCUAGCAUUUUAAAUAAUUUUAUUGCUAGAUGUACCAGAGAACGUUAAAGUACAUAGGCUUGCUGAAAGUUUUCGCAAAUGUCGCGCGCAUCUGACUUUAGUGAACUUUUUCCAACCCUGUAUAUGUAUUGUAUCUAUAGAAACAUCUUUAAAUAUCAAGGUACGUUAUUUUACACUUCUGCGACUUGUUGAACAGAAUUCAGUUUUUGCUUAUCAUGUUAACGGUGAAUCGUUUCGGUUGACGAAGUCUUUAGAUGACGUUUACAAUUUAAUGGUUAUGUUAUAUUUGAUAUGAAAAUGUUCAGAAUCUGAAAAUUUGACGUGAAUUUUAUUCCCUCGUGAGAGAGUCAUGGACUAGGAGGCGAAGCCACGUUAGCCACCAUGUACCUGUGGGCUUAUUUUUGCAGUAGUUUAAAUUAUUUCGACUUGAUCUUGGAGUUAAAGGUGGCUGAAGUAUAUAUAGCGUCAAGGAACGUAAACGGCUUGGUUUGCCUGGACGUUCUUGUAAGUGCUUUUUUUUUGUUUUGUGAAAUGGAUACAUGCGACGUGUUGCUUUUACUACUUUGCCGAGUUUCCGCGCCGAAAUUUCCUCGUCACAAAGUCGUAAAGGAAUUUGAAUACGUUACAUGAAUACAUGUACGUACAAUGUAGCGUUUGUAUUUUCAAUAGAUACAGUACGCACUCAAAUAUUGUAUGUGGCAUUCUCUGAUAAAGCAUAGCUGCAUGUGUCUGCUAAAAUUCUGAACAUUUGCAUAACAAUUUUUUUUGAAAUAAGAAAACAAAUAUUUUUUAUAUGAAUGGCAUUUCAACAAGCGUCAAGCUGUAAUUGUGUCAAUCUUAUUUUCUAGGUGCACAACUUGGCACAGAUAGUCUGUUUGCUCUAUGCUUUCUUGGUAAGUAUUUUUUUUAAAGUUUUCCUCUUGAUAUUCCAGUUGCACCUCACCUCAGUUGCUGUUCAAAGCUCCAUAAAUCGUAACCAUAAUGUUUUUAUGCACUAGUAAGCGAACCAGUAGUGAAGCGAACACGCCAGAACAGAAUGUAAUAUGGUUGAAAUCUUGAUUUUUGGUCACCGUGAUUAAUACAUAAUUAGGGAGCUGAAGCAAGCGACGUUUUUGUCAACACGGACGUCACACGAAAAUUAGUAUAACCAUGGAUAAUAAAAUAAAUGGAUAGGAAACUAGCUGACGUGACCUAAUGUUUUUACUGUGAUUGUUGGCGUGGUUGGAUGCCUCAACCUAGUUGAAAAUCAAAUUCUCAAAAACGGCAUGCUUAUAGCAAUAAUACAGCUAAACAUUUUAGUCAAAGAGCAAAUAAAUAUAACCACGCCAUUCUACGAUGAAAACUCUAAGUAUUCCCAGUCAAUUUUAGCAAAUAUUUCAAGCACUAAACAGUGAAAAAUACAUCGCAAAUUUCGUUAAAAUUUGUGACGCCAAUUUCGUAGCUACAAAUGUAAAAAAAUACAGAACAAAGACGAAAAACAUUUACCUUGAAUACUUUGUCGUGGCUUAGGCAUGUUUUUAAAACAAUUAGACCAGUUUACGCUUCAAGAUCACCCUUUUAAAGUGGAAAAUAUAGCAAAACAACAAAUAUGCCGAGAACUUUGGUAACAUUCGCAAUGCGCGUGACGUCACGUUUUUCAACAAGGAUGCAGUCAAUGACGUCAGAAGUUUCCAAUCCAUUUAUUUUAUUAUCCAUGGUAUAACUAAUAUAACGGCAUUUUGCAUUACAGCUCUCAUGUAAGGAAGCGAAAAACUAUAAAUUAUGAUUAAUAUAAAUCUUAUAUGUUUUGUCAUAUGUGUUGAAAAUUACCACAAACUGACACAAACACAGUUUUUAAUCCAGCCUCCCCUUGGCAGUUCGUGUUGACAAAAACGUCGCUUGUUUUAUGCUCCCUAAUGUCCUUUUCGAAACUGUGCCAGAAGUUCGACUGAAGAAAGGAAAGCUUUGUUUGGCAAAACAUCCGUAUACUUCGGGGGGGGGGGCAAGAAGUAUUCAGAAUGGCAACUAAAAGCCGGUUGGAAAAUACAUACAAAGUGUUCCCUUGAUCAAAGAUUCUUUGCCUAGGAGAGAAAAUCCUCCUAUGUAUAGUGCACGGGAUUAAAGUUAUUUUCUCUCAUUUCAGUUGCACUUAUUUUCAAUUGGAUUGGUUUCAUUUUUGCAUACUGCGUGACAGACACUAUCGCUGGUCGAUAUGGUGCUUUGUCAGGAUUUGGUCUUUCACUCAUAAAAUGGGUUUUUAUCUUAAAGGUAACUGUACCUGCAUACACAGUAAAAAUAAAACACUGUAUGCGACUGUUGUAAUCUUUGUUAAUUCCACGACAGAGUUACUGAUUCGUUGUGAAAAGUGGUGUUACUGUGAUACUGUACAGUAUGUAAAUUGUAAUUGUACAGCAGAGUUAAUCUAAUAAGUGCUGACGCAUGGUUCUUGUUCAUGCGUGGCGCUUAUUCGUGGAUAGAGUCAUCUAUGAUUACAAUUAAAUUAACCCAUAAGAACAGUCUUAACUUUAUUUUCAUUUCGGAUGUUUAUCCACUCCUAAUGUUAGUAUAAGUUUUUUAAUUUAAUAUUUAAAGACAGCGCGCGCGUUAAAUGGAAUAAAUAGUAUUCCAACAACGAAACUGGGGAAGAUUCAGGAAACAAAUAUUAAUAAAAUGCUGAAAAUAUCGAUUUAUUAACAAUACUGUAUAGGUGCUUGUGUGAUGUUACUCUGAGUGACACACUCAGAGUAACAUCACACGUACACUCAGAGUAACACCACACAUGCAAGCAUCUUAUUCACCUGAGUACAUUACACCAACACAGCAAAUAUCACUGUGUAGGUGUUGAAGCUCUGAAAUGUUAAUGCUCUGACUAGAUUUCUGUUAAUGCUCUGAAGUGCUAAUGCUCUGACUAGACUUCCGGAAUUAUUUCUGGAUUUUACUUUACAAUUUCGCUUUUGCAAUUUUGGAUGGUAGCAACCGACACCGCUAUACUUAGCUGGCAUGUUGUAUUAUUGUAAUACUACUUACUUGGUAAGAUUUUGCAGUAUACUGUAUAGUUGUGUUCGUGUACAACCGGUCAACACCAUACGGCACUUUUCUGUGCAUGAUUGUUAGCUUUAGAUACAAAGUGUAAAGAAUAGCUUUGUGAAGUAGCAGACGUGUAUUUUAUUUUCAGCACAGCAAAUGUUGUAAAGAUCUGGCUUUCGAGGAUGCGUGGCUGUGGUGGCUCUUCGCUCUUCUUGGUGAGUUGAGAAUUCUUGGUCAAUAACAGGAAAACUCGCCAUUGUAACUUUGAUCUUUUGAUAUACUAAUUACUGUAGACCCCAUCUUGUGCCCCAAAUUAUAAUGUGUGGGGUGGGAGCGAAGCAAUUUUAUAUCAGUUUAGGUUAUUGUUUACAUAUGUAUAUAACGCCGCUCUGCUAUAUCUGGACCGUGCUGCAGAGCAAAAAUCGCUCCACUUUGGAGGUGAUAUCAAAUAUAAUCCGAUCGCAAUAGAGGAUUUACGAUAUAAAUUCAUACGUUCCCCCUGAACGUUUAUUCUGCAUAUAAAUGCAAGGUAAUGUUGCGCGAGGUAAUUUUUGCUGCAACUUGCAACGCAAUUUCGGACAUAGAGUAAUGUUGUGAUAAAAAGUAUUAACAGUAUACAUCAUUCUGUGAUAUUGUUCAUUUUCAUUCAUUUCCUUCGUGCCUUUAUGGCAGGUUAGGUGAGGAAAGGGUCGGCGGAGUAAAAUUGUGUAUUAAAUUUUUGAGGAAACUGGAAUUACUAUUUCGCACAUGCAUAAUCAGUUGAAUGAAGAAGUCAUGUUUAUUUAUACAACACAAAAAAUUUGAGCUUUAUUUAAAUACGUUAUAGCAUGCGUAUAAUGGUAAAAUUAUAUGUUCGACGCCACCUUUCGACCAAAAGAAAUAUUCACACUGAAUUGUAUAUUCUCAGGUUGGUUAGUUUUCAUCCGUGGAAUCCUUGUUUAUGCUCAAGUGAAGAAGUCUGUUCGAGCUGGACAAGCCAUCUACAUACCUCGUUAUUGGGGACUGACCAGAACGGAAUAAAGAACAACAAUUUAGUAUUUCGAUAGACAGCCAUUUCUCCUGGCUAGAUUUGCUUGUACGUUAGGAAUUUCUAGAAUCAACACAUAAGAGUGAUGCUGUAUACUGUAUAAUAUAACUUAGUUCACUUCUGUAGUCCUAUUACUGUAGUAGGCUACUAGUAGCAAUAUUUUACGCAAGCAAGGCACACUGAAAAUAAAUGUUGGGUGUAAGAAA